AAAUUUAGAUUGUUUCUUGUGAUCAAGUUGCACUUAUCGACUGAUAAUCAUGAUCAACCAAGUGCCUGAUACGACUACGUCCGCUCCGGUAGACCCCCAAACACACACCACUGUAAUUGUGCGCCAAGCACAGCCAAUGCCUGAUGAUCACUUCAUAUUCGCAUUAUUAGUUACCAUAUUUUGCUGUCUACCGCUUGGUGUGGUCGCAGUACUCAAAUCGGUGAAUGUGAAGACUCGUUACAAUGCAGGCGACAUUGCCGGUGCUGAGCAGGCCUCAAAGGGAGCGAGUAAAUGGGCCAAGAUCGCACUCGUCAUUGGUAUCCUCUUCAACAUCGCCUGGAUAGUCGCCGUCUGUGUUUAUUAUUUCCUGUUCGUGAAGGCUGUAACGAGUGCGUUUGAGGGGUUUUGA